GUAUCAGGAAGCCAUUGAGAAGUAUGAAUCUGUGAUGCGAACAGAGCCGAACGUGGCAUUCUACACUAAUAAAGCAAAGGAGAGGAUCUGCUUCUGCUUAGUCAAAAUGAAGAGUGCUAAGGAGGCCGUAGACAUUUGUUCAGAAGCCCACCAGAGAGACCCUCAGAAUAUCCACAUCCUCCAGGACCGAGCGGAGGCCUACAUCUUACUGCAGGAAUAUGAGAAAGCUGUGGAAGACUAUCAGGAGGCACGGGAGUUUGAUCAGGACAACCAGGAGAUUCGUGAAGGUCUUGACCGAGCACAGAAGCUCCUCAAGCAGUCUCACAAGAGAGACUAUUACAAGAUCCUGGGGGUCAGCAGGAGUGCCAACAAACAGGAAAUCAUAAAAGCGUAUAGAAAGCUGGCUCAGCAGUGGCAUCCUGAUAAUUUCCAGUCUGAAGCAGACAAGAAAGAGGCAGAGAAAAAGUUUAUCGAUAUCGCAUCAGCAAAGGAAGUGCUCACAGAUCCAGAAAUGCGUCAGAAAUUUGAUUCGGGCGAGGACCCUCUGGACCCUGAGAAUCAGCAGGGUGGAGGAGGUGGAGGAGGCAGAGAAUGGCCCUUUGGCUUCAACCCCUUUGAGGGCGGAAACUUUCACUUCAAGUUCCACUACAACUGAUAACAGAGAGGCCGAUGCAGUAUAAACGGACAAUGAUUUGGACUAAGAAACCUGGCUAGAGAACCUGCUUUUUUCCAAACUGAACUUUGGAGGAAACUUAUCAAACCGAGAGUUUUUUUGUUGUUGUUGAGACUUGAAUCCACAGGCUGUUUUGGACUUCUCCAGGAGCAAAUGACUUGAUCGGGCAAACACUACUAGUUUGGUGUUUGGUUUCCUGUCCUUCAAUACGUAAAAAUGGAGUCUAGUUGAACUUGGAGUCUUAACUGGAGUCAUUUUGGCUCACAAAUGUUGAUCUUUCUUUGACAUAUGUGCCAUCUUUAACAUCACUUUGUCGUUCUCAUUCUGUCUUUUUUUCUGUUUGUUUUCUUUGAAUAACACUCCAGAAUUUAGGGUUGUGGUUUCUUUUAGACUGUGCCAUGUACUUCUGACACCAGUAUGUCAUAUCUGCAUUCUUAAAGAUUCAGCGCUGACAUGCCGGCAGUCUUGAAAUGGAUAAAACUGUAUUGCACGCUUUUUGGCAAAGGAGGUACCUUUUCUCAUAUCUUUUGUCUCAUUUUUAUUUAAUUUUUUUAACCCAACUGCAUAAAACUACCAGAAAUGAACAUGCUUUAAAACUGCUUCAUAGCCUGACAGCUUUGAUCUGAUACCAGUUUGCACAAUAGUUUAUUUUUUUUUACUGAAAUCUUUUCUAAAAGUUUACAUGACAGAAUGUGUAUGAUCAUUCGACAGCUGUUGCAGAUGAUAAAUCAGAUGAAAGGCUAGGUCAAUGUCCCACAACAAAGCUUUAUCUAAACUUAAGGAGUUACCUGUGCACUUUCAAGUUGAAGGUCAACCAACUUAAGAAAUCACUAGCUAUUGGGAAAAAAAAAAGAAAAGAAAAAAAAUGCAAUAUUUGAAGAUUAUGAAAUGUGACAAAAGUAAUUUAACAGGUUUGCAGGUUUUUUGGGUGUAUGCUUCUUAGUUUGUGCUGACAUGCCAAUGCAAUGACCUUUACUGAUGUUAAGGACAUGGGUCUUCCAAAUGUUUUAUGCUUGUUUUUCAUUUGUUUUAAGCUAAACAAAUUCAUGAAAGUCUCCAAGAUAUACUGUAUUUAAGAAAGAGUAUCGAAGA